CCGUACAAACGAAUUGCUGACAAAUUACCCCCACCGGGAGUCAGCGCCUUGCUUCGUUCUGUAGUGCUCAGCAGUGGCGAGCAGAAAGAAACGGAGACAUGUCGGCAGUUAAUAUAUUGUUGAUUAAAGAGAGAGAGAGAGAGAUGAUGAUUUGAGAAGGGUCUCUCUGAUCCGAGAGAGACAAACCCCCAGCUCAGGAUCCCGCCGCUCGCUCUCUCUCUCCCUCUCCCUCUCUCAAUGUCACGAUCCAACACAGGAAAUCUAUCCAGCCGGCUUCCUUUCGCUCGGGGAGGGAAGGUUACAAUUAGCUUUUCAUCGAGGGCACAUUCGGCAGCGCACUGAAUUCUCCAGGAGAAAAGCAAGACAUCGGAUCUCAUGGAUCUAAAGCGAAAACCAACGUAAGGAUUCCAGGGAGAAGGUGGAUGCUCUGGAUAGAUACAAUGGCUGAUAUGAGGUGUAUGACGAAUCCAAUCCAUGAAAAGCAGCUGAUGAAUGUGUCCAAGCCGUCGGGUCCAUCGACUGGAAGAUUUGCAAUUGAUUGAAUGCACUACCAUGCAUUCACACCUCAGGCUGUCCACACCUGCACCACUCCUAUUGCCAUCAAGACUCCUACAACGAUCCAAAUGAUGAACCUUUACUCAAGACUCCACAUCUCAGGCAUGUCAGGUAUUCUCAAGGAUCCAUGAUUUCCAGAGAUAUGUCGGCCUUUCUCCAUUUGAUGAAGAGUUACCUCAUUGUCUUUCAUGAGACACAAAGCAUCUCAGGCAUCAUUGCACCCAUUACAAGAGCACAGAUGGGAAGAGAUUGCCAGCAGGAAUCAACCAGAUUAUUUAGAUUUAUUAUUGGAGGACUAGGCCAAUAGGCGACCACAUUUUGAAGCAGAUUAAAAUAAUGGGGGCUAUCAUACUUGUCUUCAUUUAAUAAGGCGUGUGACCCUUCAACAAUCUUCAGCCAAGUUACCCUAUUUCUUCAGUCCCAACAGGACAGCCCUGCAAUAGUGGCCUCAGGGGGCUCCUUGACCACGAACAUGGUCCUGCCAGCACCGGACCGGCGGCACGUGUGCCUCUCCACCAUCGUCAUCAUGAGCAGCAUGGCCUUCAUGGACGCCUACCUGGUGGAGCAGAACCAAGGGCCGCGGAAGAUCGGGGUCUGCAUCAUCGUGCUGGUGGGAGACAUCUGCUUCCUCAUUGUGCUGCGGUACGUGGCUGUCUGGGUCGGAGCUGAGGUGAAGACCGCCAAGCGUGGCUACGCCAUGAUCCUCUGGUUUCUCUACAUAUUCGUCUUGGAGAUUAAGCUCUACUUUAUUUUUCAGAACUAUAAGGCCGAGAAGAAAAACACGGACAUAGUGGCUCGAAAGGCACUGACCUUACUGCUCUCCAUAUGCGUUCCCGGGCUAUACCUCAUCUUGAUCGCUUUGGACAGCAUGGACUAUGUCAAGACUUUCAAGAAGAAGGAGGAUCUAAGAGGACGUCUCUUCUGGGUGGCCUUGGAUUUGCUGGAUAUUUUGGAUAUCCAAGCCAACCUGUGGGAGCCGCACAAGUCUGGCCUUCCGAUGUGGGCGGAAGGCCUCAUGUUUUUCUACUGCUAUAUUCUCUUGCUCAUUCUGCCAUGUGUCUCUCUCAGUGAGAUCAGCAUGCAAGGCGAGCACAUAGCCCCACAGAAGAUGAUGCUCUAUCCUGUUUUGAGCUUAGUAACCAUCAACAUAGUCACGAUAUUCAUCCGGGCGAUCAACAUGUUACUGUUCCGAGACAGUCGGGUCUCGACCAUAUUUAUUGGCAAGAACGUAAUCGCGAUUGCCACCAAGACUUGCAGUUUUGUAGAGUAUCAAAAACAGGUCAAGAACUUCCCAGAAAAUGCAAUAGCUCUCGAGCUCCAGCAGAAUUCCAUCCCACACAAUCAGACCAUCCACAAUACACAGGCUUCCCCACACAACCCAACCCCAACCAGAGAAAUAGUGGACACAUGACAGCGGGCAGUUCAACUAUGGAUUAGGAAACAGAUGCUUUCCAAAGGUGGUCUGGGGAGAGAUCUAAUGGGGAGGAAACACUUCCGGACUCUGAAGAGCAAAGACUGUUCCAUAUCCCAUAAGAAUGCAUGGAUGGGCUGACAGAAAUCAGUGUUCACCCCCUCUCUCACUCGUCCCCCUUCCUGAUGGUUUCCUAUUGCUAGCCUCUUGCUACAACUCAGGCACCAAAAGGAGAGUUUGACAGCAGCUUUGGGAUUGGACCUGAAACGGUUUAAAAGAAUACCUUUGCCCUGGAGCUUGAAGCCACCCAGCGAAGUCACGACAAAGUGUUGUUUUUUUUUUCCUCAUAAUGAAUGAUAUAUUGGAUUUGUCAUUCCUAAGACUCAAGACUUUAAAUGUCCAAAUUUCUAACAUCCGAAUAAACAUGUUUACUAUGAUGGCCACCGUUUUACAAGACAUAUUUUGAGAUCUAACUGUAUUUUCAGAAACAGAGUAUUUAACUUAUUGCAGAAAUUACAUUUCUGUCAAAUUUUAAACAGAAGAUGACUGGGAUGUAAAGGAUACUAAGGGAAUAAGUCUAGCUUUGACCAGGGACCAGUUGGCCUUGAAUCAUUACAUUUUUCUGUUCAGGUAGACGAGUCAUUUAGUUGCAUUUGCAACUUAUGAGCAUUAAUUUAAUCCCAAUUUCUCCAACUCAUGUGAAACCACUCAGUCUUUUGAUUUACUGAUCUGGAUAACCGAUGAAAGUUGAUAUCCUGCGCAACAAUGAAAAUAUAUAUUCAAUUCCAAACUAAAUCAUAGGCAGUCAUUGUUUUAUAGCCCUCAGUCAUGCAGCAGAGAAACAGGCCCUUGGGCCUGCAUUGCCUAUAAACUGCGCAUUGCUGCCUUUAAAAGAACAGAUUAUAAUGGAAAAGUUUGAACAUACUCCAAGUCACUAUUUUUAUGCUGUAUCCAUUUCUUCUAUUUGUUCACAGGCCUGACCUGCGACUCCCCUAAUUGCUAGUGUGAGUUCCAAUGUUGCCAUUUGUUAGUAGUGAAGAAAUACCUUUUGGAAACCAAAUUGAGAAACUGACUACUAUCUUUAAAUAAACGAGCCAGUGGGGUUGAUGAAGGAUGAUGUUAAUCUAAUAUCUCUGGUAGAAGGAAAAGUGACAAGGAAUUACUCAAUUUCAAUCAUGGUGGAUGUGCUUUGUUUUAGAGCAUCUUUGUUGUGCUUGUUUUACAUUCUCAGCCCAUUCCCUGUCAUUACUGAGCUAACAGCUGCAAGUGUCUCCAAAGAGAUUUUGCCCCAUCAGUCACUCAACUGCAAGACUCUGUUAAAUCGUUUUUGACAGUUCAUUUUUGUCUCCUGGCAGAGAAAGAUAGAAAAUGAGUUGAUAUGCUGAAAAUGAAAUAAAAGAUAUUUGUUUGACAAACAACAAAGGGCCUUAUAAUUGAAUAAUGAGAGGAACUUUGGAGAUUGCUUUAGAAACCAGGGAGAAAACAGAGCUAGAGAAAUCAACACUUUCCGACAGAAAAAUAAAAACUGCAACACAGACAUUAAUUUCUCACAUCUUGAAGAUUGCGCCUUUGUUUACAUUAUUGAUUAUUUUUUCAGUAUUUGGCAGUCACUGCAAAACCAAAAUAUGGUUAUAUUAAUCUAGCCUCCCCUUUAAUAUAUCAGGCUACGGAAAUAGAGGGUCACAUUGAUGGAUUCAAUUAAGGAAGCACAGUGGCACAAUGGUAGAGUUGCUGCCUUGCAGUGCCAUCGACCCGGGUUCGAUCCUGACCUACGGGUGGUGACUGUACAGAGUUUGUACAUACUACCUGUGACCGAAUGGGGUUUUUACGGGUGCUCCGGUUUCCUCCCACACUUCAAAUACAUACGGUUUGUAGGUUAAUUAGCUUCUGUAAAUUUUCCCUAGCAUGUAGGAUAGUGCUCGUGUAUGGGGAUGAUCGCUGGUCAGCUGAAGGGCUGUUUCCACGUUGUAUCUCUAAAUUCUAAAGUCUAAAAUAAAGUGGAGACGCAAAUGAAACUUAAACACCAGCGUGGAUGAUGGCCCAAAUGGUUUCUAAUAUCUAUUGUAAUCGUGUGCCUGAGUAAUAAUAUCUUGGGCUCAAACUCCACUCUAGAGACACGAGAUCAUAAUCCACACCGAUACAUCAAGCACUUUCCCAAGUGAGCGCUGCACUAUUGAAGGUCCUACCUUUUAGAUGAGAUGCCAAACCAAGGCUCCAUUUGAGCUUCCAGGACUGUGAAAUCAGAAUAUCACUCACACUACAACAUAAGAUUUUCUGGCCAAUAUUUGCCUGUAACCAACAUCACGUGACCUUAUCAUUAUCUCAAUAGUGUAUAUAAAUGUGUAGGAAGGAACUGCAGAUGCUGGUUUACACCAAAGUUAGACACUCAGCGGGUCAGGCACCAUCUCUGGAGAAAAGGAAUAGGUGACAUUUCAGGUCGGAACCGUCUGAAGAAGGCCUCCUGUGUUACUCCAGCAUUUUGUGUCUAUCUAGCGUAAAUAAAUUGACUGCUACCUUAGCCAAUAUUGCAAUCAUGCCUAACUUCAAUAAGUACAUCACUGUCUGAAAUGCGUUUUAGAUAUCAAAGAGAUAAUACAAUUGAUCUUGGAUCAAUGGGUGAAUUACAAAGGGUCACAUCUUUAUAUCAUCUGGUCACACACAGCUUCUGUGAGCUGAACGGUUUAUUUAAUAGAAUUUUGUCUUUUAACUCAGUUAAUUGGCUUUACAACUGAUCUUUCAUAAAUGUACAGGUAACACGUUUUGAGUUUACAUAACCUUACGUGAAGAGUUCUCGGCUGAAGAUGUAUCCACCAUUGGCGAGAGUGUAGGGAGUUCCAAAAGAUGGAACAACACCAUAGGAUUUGCCAUUCAAGAAAUUAUCUAAAUUCCUUUGCCUCUGCAUUUGUUACAUUGAAUAUUAAAAAAAAAAAAAUUUACUAGUUCUGAUUAGCAACAUGCAAUCUUACAGUCAGCAGCCAGCUACACAUGAAAGGAUCUCCUGGUUUUAAGAUCGAUUUAAUCUAACUUUGUCAAUGGCGAAUGAUGGAGGGGUAGCUUUGCUGACAUUAAUUUGAGGCUUGUAACAUUGACCAACAUACUGGCAACAUUUCUAUCAGAAUUACAUACUAUUUAUUGUUUAGGAUUAGGUUAUUGAGCCAAACAUUUUGUAGAUACAAAGCCUUUCUCUCUUUCAUCCAACCCCAUCACCAUGGGUAACACAGUGGUGCAAAUGAUGGAGCUGCUGCCUCCAGCACCAAGGAUCCAGGUUUGAUCCCGACUUCAGCUGCUGUGUGUGUGGAAAUUGCAACUUCCCCCUGUGACCACAUGGGUUCCCUCCGGGAGCUGCGGUUUCUUCCAGAAAGAUUUGUGGGUUUGUAGGUUCAUUGGCCUCUGUAAAGUUGUCAUUCAUGUGUAGGGAGUGAAUGAGAAAGUGGGAUAACAUUGACCUCGUAUGAACGGGUGUUCACUGAUCAAUGUGGAUUUGGUGGGCCGAAGGGCCUGUUUCUGUGCUGUAUCUCCAAAACUAAAAAAAAAAAACUAUUAUUCAUUAUCAUGUAACUCUUCUCCUUGAAACACAACAAAAGCAAUUAUGCAAGUAAGUGUUUCUCUUGUGAUAAAGCGUUGUGCAAAACAUCAUUCUCCUAUUUAAUUAACACUAGUUGGAAACAUUUAAGUGCCUGACCCACUUGGCCGUCAUUUACGCGACAGGCCGGUCAUGACUGUCGCGCGCGUCAUCACGUGUCUUCAUGCGUCAGCACAGCCGUCUGGAGCGCAUGACGUCAUUUGAAUACCCAGUUUAUGAUAUUUAUGGUGAUUUUCUAAAAUGUUCCAGUUUCUUGAGUGGUGCUAGCAAUUGGAAUACUGCAGAUGUAAUGCCCCUAUUCAAAAAAGAGGUGAAUGAAAAGUAGCAAGCUGCAGACCAAAUUAAUCUGUAGGAAGAAACUGCAGAUGCUGGUUCGAAUUGAAGAUACACAAAAUGCAGGAGUAACUCGGCGGGACAGGCAGCAUCUCUGGAGAGAAGGAAUGGUUGAUGUUUCUUCAGUCUGAAGAAGGGUCUCGACCCGAAAUGUCACCCAUUGCUUCUCUCCAGAGAUGCUGCCGGUCCCGCUGAGUUACUCCAGCAUUGUGCAACACUUAUCUGGUUUGCUCUUCUAUUUCUACCAACUGCACCCCUUCUCAUGUCUUUCGUUCAUCCAGCAGUAGGAGACACAACAUUUGUCUUUUUAACCUCUUCCUUACCCACAAUCCAGGGACCCAAGCAGUCAUUGCAAGUGGAGCAUCAAUUCACUUUUGCACUUUCCGGUUUAGUAUAUUUUGGUGUUCACCACGUAGUUUUCUCUACGAAACUGUGCAAAUGUUUAAAUCGUGCGUGCUUAUAGCCAUGACGCGUAAAAGGCGGGCCGACUGCGUAUGGGCAGCAUGCGGCGGCGCAUGGUUACACACGGUUUUGUGCCUUACAAAAUCCUGGAGCAUCGCGCGAUACCGCAGGCAACUGCAUACCCCUCUGCGCUUCUCCAUGCAAACUUCCCGCACGGCUCACACGCUACCCAUGCAUCUCAAUGCGACGACGGGGUUGCAUAAAUGGCGCGCAAAUUACGUCCAAGUGGGACAGGCCCUUUACUCAUCAGCACACACAGUUCAGGAUAGCUUUUUCAUUUUUUUUCCCACACAAAAAUCACAUCAAAGGCAAACAAUUACUUCAAUUUCUUUUUGUGGUGGAAAAUAUUGAAGCAUUUAAGAAAUGCCCGAAUGAGAACUUGAAUUGACUAGCUUUGAAGACUACAGGCCAAAUGCUGCAAGAUGGGAUUAAUUUGGAUAGGUGCCACUGGUCAGCAUGGAUAUGGCGGGUUGAAUGGCCUAUUUCCAUGCUGAACUGGUUUUGGGUGUAUGGAACGAGCUGCUAGAGGAAGCAGUUGAGGCAGGGACUAUCCCAACGUUGAAGAAAGAGUUAGACAGCUACAUGGUUAGGGCAGGUCUGGAAGGACAUGGACCAAAUGCAGGCAGGUGGGACAAGUGUAGCUGGGACAUGUUGGCCGGUACAGGAAGGUUGGGCUGAAGGGCCUGUUUCCACACUGUAAGUUUAUUCACAGUCGUCAACAAUGGAGGAUAUUUCGACAAAAGGUACUGACUUUCCCUAAAGAGUACAAGAAGUAAACUGUACAUGUGCUGCUUUGGCAAUCAAUAAACUCCUCACACCUCCUAUGCUGGUUAAUCUCUAGUACUUGCAGCUUGAUAAAUCUUAUCUAACAACCUCUGCGGCAUGUGAACAUAGGAAGAUUAAAUACAUGAUAAAAAUGCAGGAGGUCAGUCAAGACUUCAAAUCCAAUUUAAAACACAAGAAGGUAGUUAGGGUUUGUUGUUUAAAUCAAACUCAAAUUCCACUACUUCUGCCUUUGUUUCAAUCUUGUCUGUAUUCUGAUCAAACCAGCAAAGUUGAGGAAAAUGAUUAUCCACAAUUGUACUCAUUUCUAGAAUGUAUAUGAUUGCAAAGCUUUUAACCAAAUAACCAUACAACAAUUACAGCACGGAAACAGGCCAUCUCGACCCUUCUAGUCCGUGCCGAACACGUAUUCUCCCCUAGUCCCAUAUACCUGCGUUCAGACCAUAACCCUCCAUUCCUUUCCCGUCCAUAUAACUAUCCAAUUUAUUUUUAAAUGAUAAAAACAAACCUGCCUCCACCACCUUCACUGUAAGCUCAUUCCACACAGCCACCACUCUGAGUAAAGAAGUUCCCCCUCAUGUUACCCCUAAACUUCUGUCCCUUAAUUCUCAAGUCAUGUCCCCUUGUUUGAAUCUUCCCUACUCUGUGGGAAAAGCUUAUCCACGUCUACUCUGUCUAUCCCUCUCAUCAUUUUAAAGACCUCUAUCAAGU